CUGCGCCGUGCGAGCGGGGCCAUUUCAGCGUGCGGCACCGGCGGCCAGGCCGGGAUGUGCGCGGCAUCCCGUGGCUGCCAGCCCGCCGCCGGCUGCCUGCCCGUUCGCCUGUCCGCGGGGCCGGGGCGCUGACUCGUUCCUGCGGUUCUCUCCCUCCUGCCCUCCCUCGCUCCCGCCGCUCCCGCCUCCGGCAGCGCCAUGGCGGCCCCCAGCAGCAUCGUGCCCGUCAUGGCGAGUAAAACCAAGACCAAGAAAAAACACUUCGUGGCGCAAAAAGUGAAGUUGUUCCGGGCUAGCGACCCGCUGCUCAGCGUCCUCAUGUGGGGGGUCAACCACUCGAUCAAUGAACUAAGCCAUGUUCAAAUCCCUGUUAUGCUGAUGCCAGAUGAUUUCAAAGCCUACUCAAAGAUAAAGGUGGACAAUCACCUUUUCAACAAAGAAAACAUGCCAAGCCAUUUCAAAUUUAAGGAAUAUUGUCCAAUGGUUUUCCGAAAUCUAAGAGAGAGGUUUGGAAUUGAUGAUCAAGACUUCCAGAACUCGCUGACGAGAAGCGCACCCCUUGCUAACGACUCCCAGGCGCGCAGCGGCGCCCGCUUCCAUACAUCCUAUGACAAACGGUACAUCAUCAAAACUAUAACCAGUGAAGAUGUAGCAGAAAUGCAUAACAUACUGAAGAAAUACCAUCAGUUUAUUGUGGAAUGUCAUGGGAACACACUUCUCCCCCAGUUUCUGGGCAUGUACCGGCUGACUGUUGAUGGAGUUGAAGUAUAUAUGAUAGUCACAAGAAAUGUGUUCAGCCACCGCUUAUCUGUGUAUAGAAAAUAUGAUUUAAAGGGCUCUACUGUGGCUCGAGAAGCCAGUGACAAAGAAAAGGCCAAAGAGCUGCCGACGUUCAAAGACAAUGACUUUAUUAACGAUGGCCAGAAGAUCCACAUUGAUGAGAAUGACAAAAAGAUGUUCCUUGAGAAACUUAAAAAGGAUGUUGAGUUCCUUGCUCAGUUAAAACUCAUGGACUACAGCUUGCUGGUUGGAAUUCAUGACGUUGAAAGAGCUGAACAGGAAGAAGUAGAAUGUGAGGAGAAUGAUGGCGAAGAAGAAGGUGAAAGCGAUGGGACGCAUCCCAUUGGAACCCCUCCGGACAGUCCAGGAAACACACUGAACAGCUCACUGCCUUUGGCUCCAGGGGAAUUUGAUCCAGCAAUUGAUGUUUAUGGAAUAAAAUCCCAUGAAAGUGCACCUAGGAAGGAAGUAUACUUUAUGGCCAUUAUUGACAUUCUUACUCAUUAUGAUGCAAAAAAGAAAGCUGCCCAUGCUGCAAAAACAGUAAAGCAUGGGGCUGGUGCAGAAAUUUCAACUGUUAACCCUGAACAGUAUUCAAAGCGCUUCUUGGACUUUAUUGCCAACAUCUUGACGUAACCCAUCGUGGCACGUAGGAGAGACACGAGACCUGGGGACAGCAGCGGUGGCUACAAGUGUAGGAACAAAAAAAACCAAAACAAAAAGGAACUCAGAGAAGCGCUCAUCUUGCAGAAAGCAACCCCUUUGUUUACAUCUGCUGGCAAAGAUGACUGAAGUGGGGUGGAGUACUCGCUUUAACAGCUGCCUGAUAUUCCCAGCAUAGUUCUAGCUAUUUCUGACUCUUUGUGUGUGCAAAAACAAACAAACAAAAACAAAAAAAAACCCACAAAAGUUAAAAAAAAAACCCUCCAAAGCCCAUAAAAUAAAUAACUAGGACAGCUUACUCAGAGUGCACUGGGACGGUCAGACUCUGAUGCUACCAGCUGAAAAGGAACACAUGAGCAAAGAGGUGUGGGGUGGGGAAGAGUAAAUGCAUGUUAGAGCUACGAUAUUGCUAUCAAACUGUAAACUGUGGAUCAGUUUAUAUUUUGGACUGAAAAAAAGAGAAAGAUACAGGACAGUAUUCUUCAUCAUGAUGAUACAAACCUUACUGCGAAUGUUACACUUACACCCUGCCCACUGGCACUCCUUAACAAAGCAGCUGCAACAGCCCUUGGUGCCGGUUGCUUUUCCUGUUUGGUUCCUAGCAGUUGGGAUUUUUUCCUUGGGGUUUUUUUUUUGUUGAGGUGUUUGGGUUUUUUUCACCCUCCUUUUCCCAUUUCUGUCUUUUUGGGUUUGUUGUUUUUUUUUUAGCACAUGGCAUCAGGAAGUUGUCCCUUCUCUGAAAAAGAGCUAACUUAAGCCAUGCUAACGCGUAGGGUUUUUUUGCUACAGUAAACUUCUGUUAAGGGAAAAGUUUGCUUGUUUCACUUUGCAACGUGAGGUUUUCAUUUGUUUUGAUACUCUCGCAAUAGAGGAGCUAAUAAAGUCACAGGUGGAGCAAAGCUGAUCCAGAGGAGCCGCCUAUAGUUGGGGCAAUGGCAGCAGCUCCAUCUUUCACCCAGCCCGAGAGAUGUGCACCCCAAUAGAAACCCCAUUCCCUUGCCCCCCACUCCCUGCGAAGUCGAAGCUGGGAUGCUUAACCCCGUACCGUUUCGAAGCAGCGGUGUUUGGUUGUCGGUCAGCAUCCCUCGACAGAGGAACCCUGAACCUUACUGUUUACAUUCUUAGGAGAGCAGGGAUCUUUCUGACUUUCGGAGCCGUGUACAAUAGACGACUUUUCUUUUCUGGUUUUGAGUUUACAUGUAAAGUUCUUUUGCAGUACAAAUGAAGUUAACGUUCUGUCAUCCGCCGAGGCGUAACGUGCAAGUAGUGUACUCCAGUGAAUGUCUCGCUCACCUCCGCCAUAGACUCUUCUACAAUAAAGUGAGAAAGAAGAUUGCAGAGGAAUAUUUUUCUUUGGUUUGGUUCCCCCCCCCUCCACCACCCCCCUCAAGGUUAUGUUUUAGCAUCGAAACGACCUCCUGCCAUUUACUCAAGCCUGGUUGUGUAGCGCGUUGCCUAAAAACUGUGCUGGCCACCUCUAACUUGUUUCAAGUUUUUAAACACCAACAGCAGCCACAACUUUGUGUUUUCUUCUCUGCUUGUGUUUUCUCCCCGGAAGACUCCGCGCUUGAGAGAGACAAAUUUACGCAACGCUUUGAAGUUUGUCUACUUACACACUGUGCUAAAGCUGUGCCUUUCACAUUUCUUCAUUGGACUUCUUAGAGUUUGUAGGCAAAGUUGAGAGAAGUCAAACCCUCCCUGUCACUGGUUGUGACUCCAACCAGGAGUUGCCAGCAUGCCUUCUCCAUAAGUAAUGUCAGCGUAACUCAGCCUGCAACUGUGCAUAAUGUGUGCAGUGCUUUACGUCAGAGGAGCCUGCACCGUGGUGUAAGGUACACCAUGGUGUACAUCAGUGAAGCCUGUACCAUAGCAUAAUGUAUGUCAUGACGUAUGCCAGAGGAGCCUGUACUGUGGUGUAAUGUACACCGUGGUGUACAUCAGAGGAGCCUGUACCACAGUAUAACAUAUGUUGUGGUGUACAUCAGAGGAGCCUGUACCAUGGCGUAAGGUAAGGUGAAAGGUACCCCAUGGUGUACAUCAGAGGAGCCUGUACCAUGGUGUAAGGUACUCCUUGGUGUACAUCAGAGGAGCCUGUACCAUGGUGUAAGGUACUCCUUGGUGUACAUCAGAGGAGCCUGUGCCGUGGCAGAAGGUAUCCCAUGGCAUACAUCAGAGGAGCCUAUACCAGAACAACCCAUUACACUCUCUUCAGCGGCCAAAGGCAAUAGUGUCCCUGUUGCUGUGUACUAAUGGUUUUCUCCUUCCCCCUCACCCUCCCGCCAGGGUUGUUUUGUCCCGUUUGCCUCAGUGGUGUCGGCAGCACUGCAGUGUAUAUGUAUACUUUUGUAUUGUAUGUAUUUAAAGAAGGUGGUACUGUGGCUUGAUCCCUUUUCUUUUUGGUGUGUCCUCUGCCUGUAUACCCAAGUUGUCUACGUUCUCACCCAAGUUCCAUUUCCUGAAGCGUGCUGUGGCUUCUCAAAGCCUGAGGCCAUAGGGUGGGGACCCUGAAGUGAAAACUGAGGUACACAUCCUUGGAGUACCUAUUUAAGUGCGGUCAACGAGUGCACGUUUUGAGGCCGUUUCAGCCAUUUCCAGCGCCGCAUUCUUUUUGUCUGUGUAGCAGUUCUGUCACCCAUUCUUGUCAGUAAACUGUUGAUUUGGACAGGGCGAGGAGAAGACAUUGUUGUAUGUGUUAGUGCUUAGAUUACACUCCAAACAUGAGCAAGGCUUUAUAAAAUAAAGCACUUUGAUGACUCACUAGGUA